AUGUCAGUACCAAGAAGAAAAGCUUGUGUUCCGUGCUUCAAAUCUAAGGUGCGAUGCGAUCAGCAGCGGCCUGUUUGCACUCGAUGCUUUCGACGGGGCAAUCAAGACCAAUGCACCUAUCCAUGGCCUGUGACUCAAGAUCCAAGCAAUGAAUCGGAAAUGAGAACAACAAGCUCUUCAAAUGGACGAACGGAUGCUUCCAUGAGUUGUUUAGAGCCCAGAUCCGAAAAUUUGACAUUAGCAGUCCUCCAUCGUACUCAGAGCGAGCAAACAGGUGACGGGCCAAUGUGCGACUAUCCGCAUUAUUCGAGGCAGCCCAAUGGCCGACGUUCUAGUUCCAGACUAUUAGGACCACUGGAAACAUCCCCCGACGAAAGCUCCCUCCAUUUCGAACAUUUAGACCUAGUCUGCACAGUGAACUCCGAUGAGAUACGAAAUCGAUGGCUCAAUGCAUUCGCUCCUCCCUUGGAUCAUUCGGUGAAAGCCUACCCGUCUGGCGUCAUGGUUUUCAUUUCUCGGAUGCUCAAAGCCUAUACACUCAUGCCGGCUCGACAGAAGUUGAUGCCCCCAUUCGUACAUCGACUUCAGCAGCGGCCAUCAGAGGUUCCUGAUUCUUUGGCCAACUGUUUUAGUCUUCUGAAACUUUGUGAAGGAAGGCUUCCGGCCAGUGAGCCUAUCAUCAAGAGUUUUCUGACCCAAGAAAUGGACCGCUUAUACGAACAAUACGAAUCAUACGAUGAACUUAAUUUAGUGGCGGCUUUUCAGGCCUACCUCAUCUACUCGAUGACCAUCUUCUUUGAAUUCCGCGAGGAUGAAAAUGCCAGCUUGCACGAUGCUAUAGUUACGUUACAAAAGAUAGCCAGCGAGGUGUGCCAACGAGGUCUCGUGUGCGCAGCUGAAUUGAAGGGAACUAGGCCGAAUUGGGAGUCGUGGAUUUUGGCGGAAGCGAAAAGAAGAACAUUAUUCACAAUGUACUUGUUCGAUAGCGUUUUGUGUGCACAUGAUAACCUGCCCACAUUUCUGGCGAAAGAACUGCAAGGGGUCUUGGCACCCUCUUACGGAAGCCUAUGGGCCGCAGAAAGCAGAAUGUCUUGGAAUGAAUACUAUAACAGGUUUUUGUCAGAGUGGGGUUCUGAAGGGCCAUUGUUGAUCGAGGAAUUGUGGCCCAUUCCAUCAGAGGCAUCUGACAUGCAGGUGGAAGCGAGGCAAAGACGCGUAGAUAAAUGGCUCGCCACUAUCGACAACUAUGGCACUAUGCUUUUUGCAGUCACAUCAUGUACCCAUGGUUGUUAA